AUGGAUGUGUUGCGACAACUGCAACAUCUUCAACGAGUUCAAGACAUCAACUACAACCGUGCAAUGCGACGUGAACGUGUUUUCAGAGACAGAGAUGAUCCCUAUGACAGUUUGUCUGAAGAAUGUUUUAGAAUGCGAUUUCGCCUUACAAAAAAUACAGUUCAGAAUGUAACUGACAUGGUGAGGCAAGAUAUAGAACAGCCAACACGUCGAAAUCAUGAUGUCUCAUCUGAACUGCAAGUCCUAAUAGCAUUGCGAUUUUAUGCAACAGGUGGAUUUCAACUCACUAUGGCCGGCGUUCAUGGACUUUCUCAGACGACUGUAUGUAAUGUCCUCAAACGAGUGACCAUUGCCCUUGCUAGAUUGAGACCACACUAUAUAGCAUUCCCCAAUAACGUGGAAUUGGACAGUGUUAAAGUAAGGUUUUUAAAUAUUGCUGGUUUUCCAAACUGUGUAGGAGCUAUCGAUUGCAGUCAUAUUCGUAUAAUUGGACACGGUGAUAACGGACAACGAUUUAUCAACAGAAAAGGUUAG